ACGUGUUCUGACCCGCUAGGCCCCGCGCGGCUCGGAUCCGGCGCCGCGGUUUCGGCCCGGAGAGGGUGGGGGAGAGCCCCGAGCAGGGGAGGAGCCGCCGGAGCUGCCUGAGCCGUUACACCCAGGGCAGCUACACUCAGAAGUGAUAAGGAAUGUAGUGGAGUACCUCAUCCUUCCUUCCCUCUCCCAGCUUCUCUUCCAAGCUGCCCCAUGGACCUUCAUCCAGAAAGCGCCUUCAGAGAGGUGGUGGGAUAGCUACGGCAGGCUUGUUGGUGAGAAGUGUGUGUCAAAAGAGCAGUUUGUGUCCGUGGCCAUUUGUUAGCUGUACCCCUUUGUCCUUGUCCGUUCGCUAUAUUGCAGUAGAGAAUCAGUUCAGGAGCACACAAGGUGUACUGCAAUGUGAGGGACUCUUGGGCAUGACAUUUGUAGAUGAGGCCCCUUGGGAGAAACCCCUCAGGGUGUCCAAGUUGAGACACGGAAGGAUGCCAGUUUGAGAGCUAGAUGGUGUGAACCCACCCCAGAUCCAGGAAAUGGCUACAGCCUUGGAACCAGAGGACCAGGAUCUUUGGGAAGAAGAGGGGAUUCUGAUGGUGAAACUGGAAGAUGAUUUCACCUGCAGGCCAGAGUCUGUCUUGCAGAGGGAUGACCCUGUGCUGGAGACCUCUCACCAGAACUUUCGAUGCUUUCGCUACCAGGAAGCAGCAAGCCCUCGAGAAGCUCUCAUCAGGCUCCGAGAACUGUGUCACCAGUGGCUGAGGCCAGAGAGGCGGACAAAAGAGCAGAUCCUAGAGCUGCUUGUGCUGGAGCAGUUCCUCACUGUCCUACCAGGAGAACUGCAGAGCUGGGUGCGGGGCCAGCGGCCAGAGAGUGGCGAGGAGGCAGUGACGCUGGUGGAGGGUUUGCAGAAACAGCCCAGGAGACCAAGGCGGUGGGUGACCGUCCAUGUUCAUGGCCAGGAAGUCCUGUCAGAGGAGACAGUGCACCUAGGGGCAGAGCCUGAGCCACCCAGUGAGCUACAGGACCCAACACAGACUUCAACCCUUGAGCAGUCACAUGAGGAAACCAACCAGAGCCCAGAUCAGGGGACACCAGAGCAGCAGAGCCCGCACUGUGAAGAGGAGUUCCAGCCCCUGCAGGAGAACGAGGUUCCAGACCCUCCUGCAGAGAGGCACUCUGGAGACUCUGGAGACCCAGAGGUGGUUGCCCUACUGACUGCUUUGUCACAGGGACUGGUAACAUUCAAGGAUGUGGCUGUAUGCUUCUCCCAGGACCAGUGGAGUGAUCUGGACCCCACACAGAAAGAAUUCUAUGGAGAAUAUGUCUUGGAAGAAGAUUGUGGAAUUGUGGUCUCUCUGUCAUUUCCAAUCCCCAGACUAGAUGAUAUCUCCCAGGUUAGAGAAGAAGAGCCUCAGGUCCCAGAUAUCCAUGAGCCUCAAGAGCCUGAAGAGCCAGAAAUCCUGAGUUUUACCUACACAGGAGACAGGAGUGAAGAGGAGGAAGAGUGUGUCGAGCAAGAUCUCAGUUUGGAGGAUAUGGAUAGGUCUAUUUUGAGAGAUCCAGAAAUUCACCGGACUCCAGAUUGGGAAAUUAUCUUUGAGGAUAAUCCAGAUAGAACUAAUGAAAGAAGAUUUGGUACAAAUAUUUCUCAAGUUAAUAGUUUCAGGAAUCUUCGGGAAGCCAUGCCUGUGCACUCCCUGCUAGGGAGACAUCAUGAUUGUACUGUAUGUGGGAAAAGCUUCACAUGUAAUUCUCACCUUAUUAGACACCUGAGAACUCACACAGGAGAGAAGCCCUAUAAAUGUAUGGAAUGUGGAAAAAGUUAUACACGGAGCUCACAUCUUGCCAGGCACCAAAAAGUUCACAAGAUAAACACUUACAAAUAUCCACUAAAUCGGAAAAAUAUGGACAAGACCUCCCCACUGAUCCAAACGGAGAGAACACCAUCUGUGGAGAAACCCUAUAGAUGUGACGACUGUGGAAAACAUUUCCGCUGGGCUUCAGACCUUGUCAGACAUCAAAGGACACACACAGGGGAAAAACCUUUCUUCUGUACUAUUUGUGGCAAAAGCUUUAGCCAGAAAUCUGUGUUAACCACACACCAAAGAAUCCACCUUGGAAGCAAACCCUACUUGUGUGGAGAGUGUGGAAAGGACUUCAGUGACCACAGGCGGUAUCUGGCACACCGGAAGACACACACAGCUGAGGAGCUCUACCUCUGCAGUGAAUGUGGGCGCUGCUUUAACCACAGGGAAACAUUUGCUAAGCACCUGAGAGGACAUUCCUCAGUGAGGCAGUGCCAAUGCACCGAAUGUGGGAAAAGCUUCAGUCGGAGGGACCACCUGGUCAGGCAUCAGCGCACACACACCGGAGAGAAACCGUUCACCUGCCCUACCUGUGGGAAAAGCUUCAGCAGAGGAUAUCAUUUAAUCAGGCACCAGAGGACACACUCAGCAAAGACCUCCUAGUGAGGUACCCAUGUGAGAAGAUCCAUAUUCAACCAUCACCCAGAAUGGUGCAGGAGAAGCUCUCAGGGCAGCCUGGAACUUUUUCUAAGGCAUCUCCUGGACCGGCCAGACCUUACAUCACCUCUUCCCCACCAUGAAAUAAAAGCUUCAAGCAGAAUCUCCAACCUUGUUCUGUGCCAUGAGCUGCUUUACCCAAAGUACAACUUGAAUUGAGACUUCUCCUUCACUGAAGUGUUGCUGCUUCUACCUCAUGAGUGUUGAAGUAGGAGAAUUAGAAGACUGAAGAGGUUGUGGUCACUCUUUUCCAAAUAAACAGGCUGUUACAUAUCCUCAAAACUACUUAUCAGCCUCAUGUUUAAAGUGGCCAAGGACAGCCCGUAGGUCUGGUAAGCCUGAAGGGUUCUGUCCUUUCUGGGCUCAAAUCUUAAAGCACACAGCCGCGAACUUGAGACAGGAGAUUUGCAUCCUGAUGACUUUGCUACACAGGAUAACAUGUAAAUCCUUUACUGUCUGACUCACUUCUUCACCAUGCACUUUCUUUUGAUGCUAGGGGGAGAGAGGAGAAAGUUCAAGGGCAAAACCCUCAUGGCUGCUUUAUAUGCACCUUGGCAACCUGCUCCCUUCUCCAUUGUUAGAAUGAGACCAGAUGCCAGCCACUGCCAGAAUGGAAGGCCUGGUCAGAAGCCUGUUUUCCUUGUGGGCAUUUAUUUGUCUGUUUUUCCUGCCUUUAGCCUUCUUACUAUUCAACAGUCUUGUUUGGUCCCUACCACUUCUGCUGUAAGUGAGAUGUAGCACUUGAGGGAUUCCGUAAAGCAUAAUUAAAUCAUGAUGAACAAAUCUGCAUCCCUAUAUGUGUACAAGUCCACCCUCCCCUCCCCUCUCUUCACAUGGAUUGUGUGAAGGGAUUUGGAACAGUGUCACCAUAUAAAGGCUCUGUAACAUUUACAGAA